AUGGCUUUCAACAUGAGUCUACGGUCUCUGGGCCUGUUGCUGGUAUUGCUACACACGGUAUCGGCUCAGUUCUGUUCGUUCUGGAAUAAUGGAUGCAUCGACUCCCUCGCUCAGACGGCAAUUCGCUUUGACCUCAAACCUCUCUUCCCGGACCCCGUCACGCUCUACUACGGCUUCGAUGCUAGCACCUCCGGCAAGGGCGAUGGGCCGAUGACCAAGACGGCAUUCUGGCUGGGUUUCCAAAACAAAAAUGUCAAUAUCGAUGCAGUCGAUUCCAAUCGCACGUCGGAGAUCGGUCUCAGGGUUGGAAACUUGACCGGUACCCCUUCCGGGGCGAACAAUGGAUGCGAUGGAAUUUGGGGCGAGGAUUGUUCUCGGGAUCUCAAGAGUGCUCUACGAAAUGGCAUCUAUCAUCUCGCGGUGUCGGGCGAAUACUAUUCCAAGCCCCUUGAAGUCACUCUCAACAAGAUGCUCGUGAAGAAGCCGCCUCUCCCUGGAUGCUCGCCUUUUGUCUUUGAUGUUGCCUCGAUUCCAGUGCAAGAUUUCGCCAGAGAACGAGUCCCCGAUCGGAAUGUCACCAUCAUGCCACCUGGCUCAGGUGCUUGGCCGUGGCAGGUCUGGUACCUUGAUCACAUGAAUGCCCACAAACAAGCUUCCCAGGUGGCGGUUGGUAUCAUCAGUCGUUCCCCUUCUUAUAAUAGCAUACCGCCGGAUGGCCCAGAUGAUAUCAUGGUUGAGCUUGUCUGUGUCCAGGCUCCCUCCAGUGGAUCUUCUAGUGUCUCUCAAGACUAG